ACGCGCCUUGCUCGACUGGGCGUGUUUACUCCGACGCGUUCGGUAGUCAACGCGUUCGCGGUAAGAGAAUACGAGACAAACGUCGUAAAACGAAUAUCUUGGAUAAUUCGUGACAAACGCGAAGCAACACGUGCGACGCAGAUCUCCGCGGGAUAUUGCCGAGAGAAACGAAGAGGAACCUCGAGCGGAAGGGAGUCGACACGCGCGUCUCAAGACCACAAUGUGCCUAUGAAGUGCUGAUCGAAAGUGCCUUUAAGCAACGAUAACACGCGGUAGAACUCGAGCCCGACUCGAUAGCGAGAGUACGCGUCCUCUCCGCCGGAGAUGGCCGUCACCCGCCACGCGACGCUCGUCGUCGCCUGUUGCUUCUGGCUGGGCGUUGUCGUGGUGCUCGGCCAGUACGAGUGGCAGAACCGCGACUCCUUCGACGAGAUCCGCGCGAAGCUGGACAGGGUCAACCAAGAGAAUUGUCCGAUAGAGCACCUCAGCAAUCUCUACCUGCCGGAGGACUCGGUGUCGCACCUGCCCGACAUCAAGGACAUUAAUAUCAAUCCCGUGUUCCCGAAUCGUACUGCCCUGCUGCACCUCCACAACAUGGCCCUCAGCAGGGCCUUCUUCUGGAGCUACAUCCUGCAGUCGCGCUUCAUCAGACCCGCGAUCAAUGACACCUACGAUCCGGGCAUGAUGUACUACUUCCUGUCCACAGUGGCCGAUGUCUCUGCCAAUCCCUAUAUCAAUGCCUCAGCUAUCUACUUCUCACCCAAUAUGUCCUACUCAUCGUCCUACAGGGGCUUCUUCAACAAGACCAUGCCUAGAUUUGCACCACGUACCUUCAGGGCAGAUGAUUUCAAUGAUCCUAUACAUUUGGAAAGAAUAUCCACCAGAAAUACAUUCACUGUACAGGACCUCGGUAUAUAUUCCACCAAUGAUCAACGCAGCAAUGAUUAUACCACUGAUUUGUAUCGCCUGAACGAGUGGUACAAGAAGUGGCUACCAGAUCAUGUUGACAGGAGACACGACACCAAAACAACUUAUCAAGUUGAAAUUCGAUACGCCAACAACACGAAUGAAACAUUCACCUUCCAUGGUCCACCUGGUGCGGAAGAAUAUCCUGGACCUGUGAAAUGGACUAGACCUUAUUUCGAUUGCGGUCGAUCCAAUCGUUGGUUGAUAGCUGCGGUAUCGCCUAUAGCAGACAUCUAUCCACGGCACACAGGCUUCAGACAUGUCGAAUAUCCAACGUAUACUGCUGUCACGGUAUUAGAAAUGGACUUUGACAGAAUAGACAUAAAUCAAUGUCCCAAGGGUGAUGGAAAUAAUGGCCCCAAUAGAUUUGCUAAUACUGCAAGAUGCAAAACGGAUACUACAGAGUGUGAGCCGAUACACGGCUGGGGUUUUAGAAGAGGAGGAUAUCAAUGCCGAUGCAAACCCGGUUAUAGACUGCCAACUGUCGUGCGACGACCGUACCUUGGGGAGAUAGUGGAGAGAGCUACACAAGAACAAUAUUACAAUGGUUUCGAUUGCUCGCGUAUCGGCUGGAUUCAUAAGAUGCCGGUACAAUGGAAUCAAGCAAAGACUUACACCAGAGAACAGUAUCUCGAGCAGUAUUAUCACUAUAGAAAUCACUCAACCGGUCCGGCUGCGCUGCGCGACAAGCAGAUGAAUAUCGACCAAGCUAUCACUUUCAUUCGCAGCGUGAAUGCGAAGACUUGCAAGAACUACGCGCCGCAGGACCUGCAAUUACGCGGCGACAUUAGCUUUGGCGCGGAAGAAUUCUUUGAAAAUGAGGCUAAGAUGGCGGCGCGAUUAGCGAACUUCAUCAGUGCAUUCCUGCAAGUGUCCGACCCUCUGGAGGUUUAUACCGGCACGAGAGUGGCCGACAAGCCGCUGACGGAAGAUCAAAUGAUCGGAGAAACUUUGGCCCUGGUAUUGGGUGACACGAAGAUAUGGUCAGCUGGCACUUUCUGGGACCGCAACAAAUUUACCAACCGAACGUUCUUCGCUCCCUACGCUUACAAGACUGAACUAAACACACGCAGAUUUAAACUCGAGGACUUGGCUAGGCUCAACGAUACAGACGAAGUGUACACGAAGAACAGUUACUUCCAGACAUUGAAACAACGUUGGGCGACGAACUUUGACGAGUUGGAAAAAUAUUACAUGAAGAUAAAAAUCCGAUAUAAUGAGACCGGAGUGUACCAGAAGAAGUACGAGCAUUAUCCGAAUUUCUACAGGGCAGCAAACCUGGACCAUGGACACUGGACAACUCCGUACUUCGAUUGUAACGGCAAGGUGAAGAAGUGGGUAAUUACCUAUGCAUCCCCGUUUUUCGGCUGGGACAGCUUGAAGGAGAAACUGGAAUUCAAGGGUGUCGUAGCUGUUACCAUGGACUUGCUUCAGGUAGACAUAAACCAAUGUGAUGAUAAAUUUUACCGACCAAACGCAUUCAAGGAUACGCACAAGUGCCACAAAAAGACGUCAUAUUGUGUACCCAUUCUUGGGAGAGGAUUUGAGGUAGGUGGAUACAAAUGCGAGUGCAAACAAGGCUAUGAGUACCCAUUCGAAGAUUUAAUUACGUACUACGACGGACAAUUGGUGGAAGCUGAAUUUCAUAAUCUCGUCAAUGAUAAUGCGACGAGAUACGAUAUGUUCAAGUGUCGAUUAGCCGGUGCUUCGUCGAUUCAAGCCAAUUGGGUUUUACUGUUAUCAGUCAUGAUAAUAUUUUUCCCCACUCAAAGAAGAUGAAUGACAUUAGUCAUUUGUAAGGCAAAGUAUGGAUUAUUAUACCUCCACGUCAGCAACUGCAAUUCAUGCCGUUUAUACCGUCCAUUAUAUACCGUCCAUUCUCAAGUGUAAGUUAUAACGUAAGAUAUAAUGCCGCGAAAAAAUGAAUGAGAGGAUUACGAUUCCAAUUAUUUCCUUAAUAUAAUGAUAAACGUAUAAUAAAUAAUUUCUAUAACUUUUUAUACAUCUAUAUAUGAUACAUAAAAUAUAUGUAAUAUAUUGAGCUUGAUUUUUGCGAUAUAAACAUAUCUGCAUAACUUUUUUUUUCUACAUUUUAUGAUGAUGCAGCAUUGAGAAUGAUAUAUCUAUCCUUUUGUUCGUUCCACUGUAAUUGUAAUUAUACUAAUGGCACUAAAGAUCUGAUAAUAGUACAACUGCUCUAAUCCAUGCUAUAAUAAAUUAUAUUAGUUUGAUCUUUCUUAAUUGUAGUCCAUGUAUAAUAUAUAAGUGGAUUACGUUUCAUAGAAAUGCCAAGUUUUGCUUACAUUGUUUACUUAAACGUUUUAAGUUUUUAUAAAAUAAAAAUAAAUUUUUACACAAAGUUAAAUUUUUAAUAUACAAAAUAGUAUGUUAAUACAUAUAAUUGUGUUAAAUCGAAAUCUUAAAGUGUUCAGUAAGAGUUGAAUGGUACAGUUAGUGUCUUUAUAUGUACAUAUAUACAAUUAUAAAGAAAGUUCAUACAUAUUUAUAUCGAUUUUUAUAUUAGAGGAGGCAAUCCAAAGGCAAUACUUUUUGCAAACACAAUAUACACAAAAGACUUGUAUUAUGUAUGUUUUUAAUGCAAGUAUAUGUAAUCCUAGGAAUUAUAAAGUUUAUAGGUAUUAUAAAGUACAAUAUUUUUAGCCAUUUGUAGCUUUUAGUGCCUUAUAUAGUUAAGAUUAAUUAUAUAAAUGCACACUCAGAGAGAAGUAUGAGACAUCACAUUCUCUCUGAUUAAAACUACAUUUAUAAAGUGAUCAUAAUUUGUAUGUAUGUUUAUUAUUGAAGCUAUAGAUGUAUUUUUACCAUCGAUAAUUUCAAUAUUGGAACUUAAUAAUGUAAUAAUAAUUUUUACAUAAAAAUAUUUUGUAUCUUUUAUAUGAAAUAAAGAUGUCCUAUGAAUUAAUA